UCAUCGCGGCAGCAACAGAUGGGAGAGUGAACCAGAGUGAGCGAUCCGGCGAGAGUGAUACAUUGUAACUUCAAAUAAUGGCUGAACUCAAGACCAAACAGACAGCGGGUGCCGGUCAUUAGAAAGAAAGGGUGGAAAUCUCUGCAGAUUCCCUCAUAUUGCUGCAGGGGAAGACGGCGAUCUGCCCUUAUUUGGCUGUCAAAUGCACAGAUACACAAUGUUGACAGAAAACAGGAAACGCAGACGCAGCUGUGAUGGGGAGGAGGAGCCUCAGGUUUUGCCCCAGGCGAAAAGGUCCGGAGGUUAUUCCUUUCUUCCUGAGGUUGGCCGUGAUGUCUGGGACUCUGAGUCUUCCAGCAGUGACAGCAGUGGGAUUAGCAGUCCAGAGCAGAUGACUGCGGCCAACUCCAGCAUUCAGAGCAGUGACCAAAGACGACUCCAUGUUUCCCAGGCUCCCUGCAGCCCCCUUACCCCCACCCUCACAGAAGAUCCGGCCAUCUCCUUGAGCCAAAACAACGUCUUGUACGACCACAUCAACCGCAUCUUGAGAGAGGCACACUUUAAUAGCCUGCAGACUCGCAGUCAGCAGGGGCCGACGUGAUUGCCAGUGACUCUUCUGACAGCCUUUGGCAUAAUGUACAGGGGACCUGUGAGAGGGACAUUAGGGGCCAGUUUAAGGCCUGGCACAAACAGAAGCCCUCUAAAUAUGUUUGUUCUUUUUGCAGCACUUUUUUCAUGUUCAUAGUGGUUAUGUGGGACUCUACUUGACGUGUUGACCAUGAAUGUCACAUAGGUGCUAUAUAAAAGUAAUAUCAACAUCAAGUCCAUCUUAAAAAUAUUGCAAGUUCUUACAAGACUAUAUGAGCUCUGUCCCAUUUAUUCUACUAGGCCGCAUGGUGCUGUUCUGAGGAUGGGUGGUGUUUGUUUUUCUUUUUUUGACUAAGAACAUACAUUGUACCACUCUAGCACUUUUUUGCAACUUAAAUAAUUAUUUUAAGACCUUUAAAAUAUUAAAAUGAAAACUAAACCAUA